CUACCUCCUCGAGAGUGCUGCUUAGAUCUGCCUGGACUACAGAGAGCAAUGGACGGCCGUGGUUACGGUUAUUCCAGCUGGAGUGGCGGCUCUUCCAGCCGGGGCUCGGGCGGGUACGACUCGUAUGGCUUCGGCUACGGGAAGGACUCGGACUCGGGGUUCGGGGGCUACGGGGGCCAGAAGCGGGGCCUGUCGGGGGUUGGCGGCCCCUCCUCGCUCUCCACCACCGGCACCAGCGCCGACGCCGUGAUCGCCAAGAUCAACCAGCGCCUGGACAUGCUGACCCAGCUGGAGGGCGCGGGGGCCAUGAAGGGCCAUGGAGGGGGCCGGAGCGAUAGGUUUGACCAAUACGAGUCCUUCGACUCUCGGGCCACCUCACUAAACGACCGGGAUCUCUACAGAUCCGGCUAUGGUUACAGUGAAGGAGGGCCGGAUCACAUGCCGCCACGGGGCGGCGCUGCCUACGGCGGACCAGGGGGCUAUGACGGCUCCGGCUAUGGAUCCGGAAAGUCUCUCAACCCAAGACAGCCGCGGGACACCUACGGCCAGGGCUGGGCCGCGCGGCGCUCCCCCAGAGGCCCCGGGGGCGGCCGAGGUUUUGGGCGGUGGAGCGAGCCCCCAAUGGGCGGCAGGGGGGGCCCCUCUCCAGGCGGCAAGCUCCCGUCGCUCCUCUCUCACCACAUGUACCCUGAAAUGGGCAUGUACCAGCCCCCGGGCGCGCCGGAUUACCCCGGGAGGCGCUAUGGCGGCGGAGCGGGGAUGUGGGCCGGCCGACAGCGCGUGCGCAAGAGAACGCCCAGCCGACAGGUGAAGGUGCCAAAGGACGGGAAGAAAAAACGGAAGCAGUCCCUGACCGCUGCCGACGAGCCGGAGAGCAAGAUCGGGAAGACGGAGCAGGCUGGAUCGGAGUCCGCCAACGAGGCCGAGGAGCCCAGCGCAGAAGCAGAAGACGGGAAGGCUACAACGGAGGUUGAAGAUUCUAUAGAGGGAGAGGAUGCACUCACCAUGCAGGAGGAGAUCAGCCAGGUGAAGAAGAGGCUGCAAGGGAAGCCUCAGGGGGCAGAGAAGCCCAAGCAGAAGAAGAGAAGCAGCCGGUUCCUGGAGAGGGUGAUGUUCGCCUGCUCGGUCUGCAAAUUCCGCUCCUUCUACAACGACGAGAUGACGGCACACUUGGAGAGCAGGUUUCACAAGGAGCACUUCAAAUUCCUGGCCAGCAAGCUGUCCAAACCCACCACCGACUUCCUGCAGGAGUACUUGUUGAACAAAUACAAGAAGACGGAGGUGAGGAGGAACCACAUGGAAAACAUCAGCGCGGCCAUCUGUCAGGUGUACAAGGAGCAGGACCUGACCCGCGACAUCGGGAUGGAGCACUUCGUGAGGAAGGUGGAGGCGGCCCACUGCGCGGCCUGCGACAUCUUCAUCCCCAUGCAGCACAACCUCAUCCAGAAGCACCUCAAGUCUCCAGACCACAACUUCAACCGCAGGGUGAGGGGAGGGCAGGGCAAGAGAGGAGUGACGGGGGUAGGGUGUGGGGAGAGGGGUACAGACAGGAGAGAUGGGUGUGGGAGAGAGGGG